GUUGUGAAUUUCGAAAAUGUGGCUGAAAAUGAUGCUUCUGAACCCGUUCAGCACGUCUCGUGGAUGAGGAAACAUCACAUCCUGACACGAUGUCAAGGAUGGAGCAGCGGCGGCGACUCAUUAAAGUUGCGACAGCAACAAAUGGACUUGAGCCCACAAAUCCUGACGCCGUUCGCUGCAAUGAGAUCCCUGGCAAACCUGGCACCAUCGAGGGUCCGUCGGUCAUACCUCCCGAAGGAUGGGAUUUUUCGUGCUCCACUUCCAACGGCCAGCCUCACACCGGCCUAGGAGUGAAUAUUACGCUGGAUAAAUUGAACCUGAACGCUGACUUGGGCGACUAUCUCUUGAUCAACCCAGGUACUGAAAUCGACAAAUCUUCGAGCGCUCUGCUCACGUGGAAAAUAAAAAAGCCAAUUCAGUUUUCCAUGCCGGUGAGAGAUAAUUUCACUAUAAAAUUGGUUCUCGGCGCCAGACUUGAAGAAGAAAAUGUGGGCGAUGUCACGUUCAGACUGCGAUAUUCAAACUUUGAUCUUCCGACUCCCGCUCCUACCACAGUACCCACCACAACCGGGCUACCGACUCCGCCAGCCGAUGAAGAGGUUCCCACUUACACCGUUUUUGUCGGCGGAAUCGACCCAGAAAAAUUCUACAGUGAAAUUGAGACAUUUAAGGAACGUGUUGCAAGCGCGUCGAAUGAAAUUUGCAGAAUUUCAGACAUCAAACUGAUCAAACCCAUUGAAGCCGAAAACGUUCUAAUUUACUAUCUGCGCCAAUGUCCUCCGGGCUGGCCAAACUCUGCACAGUGCAUUGAGAUGGAAAUGGCCGUGCCCGCUUUUGUCAGUGGGCAAAACCCACCCUACCAGUUGGACCGAAUUCGCCUCGAGCAAAUGUGGAACCUUGUUCGGAAGGACGAUUAUUUGCCUGCACCCAUGUACGUUUACGACGAACCUUUAAAGCUCGCCCUGAUCUGGUGGGUCUGCGUUUUCUUCGGGGUGAUGGUGAUUUUCAUCGCUCUCAUCAUUCUCACCUGGAGAAUCAAAAUCUACAGGGCGACCGCCAGAAAUUUCGAGCAAAGAAAUGAAAAGCCUGACAUGUGGCCAAAGGCAGACCUGAGUGUUUCGUCUCCUCAGGUCCAAGUGCCACCCUACUUGGUGAUUGAGCAGCCCAAAGACGACGCUGAAAGUCGCAGAUUUUACUACGAAGAAAGGAACUCCUUUGCAAAUCCUGAGCCGGCAGAGGGAAUGAUUAACGAGGCGUACGAAUUCGAUGACGACGACGACGAUGCCUUGGACAUUGUCGCGCCAAGGACCACGUAUUACAUUUAUGACAACCCGGAUCAGCUCGAGUACGAUGCUAAUCAGAGAGAACUGAUCCUUGACAAACAUGAUGAGGGGAAAAAUUCCGAAACCACUCUCUGAUGACCUGAUUGGCCAGUUCAAGUAUUUAUAUUAACGAUUUUUAAUUAAUUUAUCUUAUAACAAUAAAUAUAAAUUAUUAAGUAGCCAAAAUAAUGUUCCUGAAGCUGAUUAAAUAAAUUAAAACUAUUUCAUUUUAAAUCUGAAUAAAAUUAAUAAUCAAUAUAAUAUUUUAGUAAAAUAAAGGCAUUUUUUUUUUGUUAUUUGGGAAUGCUUGUACAAUAAAAAGCAUGACUUUUGGUAACUGCUGAAUUUUAUUCAGCAAAGGCAAAAGUUUAAAGGUGACAACAAUCAA